AUGAGGGGUCAGACGUCACAGGCAAUAGAGAACUCUGACGGUUCAGAUUAUAGCCCAUCCGAUACGGCCUCUGAAUCCUCUGAAUCAGACAGUGAAACGGAAACCGUGGACUUUGAUAGAGAGCCCAGACGCUCCACGUCAGCAACAAGCAAGGCAGAUCCAUUACCACCGUGGGAAGAACUCAAGUCACUUUGCUGGGGACGGUUACGAGAUCCCACCACACAAACUGUCCUGGACCGUCGUCGGAUUGUGGAAUUGUACGGUCUGCUCAAGGACGAUCCAGAGGUGCCGGCCGAGUAUCGCAAAAGCUACGCUACCAAUGCUAGGAAUCUAACAGAGACCAUCAUCUCGCACUAUCCUUUCAACGUGGAAGAUACUUCUUGUCCUUGUGAUGUCCCUGAUUGUCGCCGGCUUCCCUGGAAUUGCCAACUUGUGGUUACAAAACGAGGCCAUAAAUUGGUGCCAAACCGAGCUCGUUGCGUCUUUGGUAGCAAGACAGUGAGACAUCAGAAAUGGAUUUCGCAAGAACUGCCAACGUACCUGGCAGUCACUAGUCAAGCCAAACGAGCUCCGAGUGACCAGUACGAAACCAUCAUGUCACAAUUGCCCGUCUUUCGAGCAAAGCAACGGCAAUCCGCUCGCCAUCGUUCGCUUCUAGCUCAGGCAACUGGGGCUCGCUCAGAUGUGGGAGCUCGUACGAUUAUGGCUCAAUCUCCGCUGUGGAGAAGCACUCAACGGAGAGUUGCGAAACAUAAAAGUCUCCUGGCUCUGGCCUCAAACGCCCGCUCAACGAAACAGUAUGAAAAGAUCAUGGGCCAGUCAGUCCAAUGGAGAUCCGAUCAGCAGCAACUGAAACGACAUCGAAGUAUUGUAGCCUCGGCCAGAAAGGCGGCAUCUCCAAAGGAGGCGCUUCGGAUCUUGUCGCAAUCCAAUAGCUGGAAGGCUGUUAAAACGCGCAAGCUUCGUUGUAGCACGGAUUCAUCGUUCUUCAACGUCAAUGGAGUCGUCAAAAAUAUGGUGCGAAAUUCCAAAAGUCGAGGUCAUACCUUGACGAAAGAGCAAGCUUGCUUGUAUUGGUUGCCGCUGAUCGCCAAGCAGAAAAGAUGUGAAGAGUGCCAUCACGCCGUGAUCGAAUUGUCAAAUUCUGGUCUCUUCCAAGCGUCUCCUCAAAGGCCUGAUGUGUCCCAAGGAUACUCCGCCGCGAAUUUGAAAGUCUUUUGUUUGGGGCUGUAUAACGAUUGGGAUCUCGCCAACCAGACAAUUAUACGCGAUGCCAUCCGAAACGCCGAAGUGGUAGCACCUCUUCGCCCACUUCCCGAUAAAUCCAUUAAACCGCCACCGGCGAUAAACAACCGCUUGGCUGCCAUCCGACAGAAUAUGAUUGCCACACAACGUGCCGAAUGUCGAAAACGUGGUGUCCGUGGCGCUCCUACGGUAGUCUCACAGGACGAGAUGUAUAAGAUGUGGUACCAGGCGGAGGAUACUUGUAGAUUGUCAGGGGUGAAAGGGUCGUGGGAAUCGAAGCAACCACUAAGUCUGUCGUUUGAUCGGAUCGUUCCUGGAUCGAGAGGUGGCUUGUAUACCAGAGAUAAUCUUCAGGUAGCUCUUCAUGCCGUCAACUUUGCCAAGUGUGCAUACAGUCAGGACGAUACGAUCAUGUGGCUUGAGAAUUUUAAGCACCCUCGGCGGUCCAUGAGUACGAAACCUCUUCGAACUCGUAAAGCCCCGGAACGCUAUCGACCAUACUAG